GAAUCUCCUUGCUAUUGCCUUCUCCUAACCUAUUAAGUAUCUUCAGAUUUCUAACAGAAACAAAUUCCAAUAUUGGGGAAGAAUAUGAUCAGACCUCAUUCAGCCCUGACUGUACUCCUCAAUCUUCAACCUUGUCGUGUUUGUUAAAGAAUCAGGGCUUGUAUAGACAAUGAGGGUGGCCUCUACAUUUCACAAUCUCACCAAUCCACAGGAUGUGUGGUAUGUUCUGAUUGGAAUCCCAGGACUGGAAGAUUUGCAUGCCUGGAUAGCCAUCCCCAUCUGUUCUAUGUACAUUGUGGCUGUCAUAGGCAAUGUCCUCCUGAUUUUCCUGAUAAUGUCUGAACGCAGCCUCCAUGAACCCAUGUAUUUCUUCCUUUCCAUGCUGGCCUUAGCAGAUGUUCUGCUCUCCACAGCUACAGCCCCCAAGAUGCUGGCUAUCUUCUGGUUCCAUUCCAGGGGUAUAUCCUUUAGUAGCUGUGUGUCCCAAAUGUUCUUCAUACAUUUCAUCUUUGUGGCAGAGUCUGCUGUUCUUCUGGCCAUGGCAUUUGACCGCUAUGUGGCCAUCUGUUACCCACUGAGAUACACCACCAUCCUCACCUCCUCCGUCAUUGGCAAGAUUGGUACAGCAGCUGUGGUUAGGAGCCUUUUCAUCUGUGGUCCAUUCAUUUUCCUAGUAUAUCGACUUCUGUAUUGUGGAAGAAACAUAAUUCCCCAUUCAUAUUGUGAGCAUAUGGGCAUUGCCAGAUUGGCAUGUGACAAUAUCACUGUCAACAUCAUAUAUGGCCUGACUAUGGCCCUCCUGUCUACAGGGCUGGAUAUAAUACUCAUCAUUAUUUCCUAUGCUAUGAUUCUUCACACUGUUUUUCAGAUCCCUUCUUGGGCUGCCAGAUAUAAGGCCCUUAACACAUGUGGUUCCCACAUCUGUGUCAUUCUUAUGUUCUACACACCUGCAUUCUUUUCAUUUUUUGCCCAUCGCUUUGGAGGUAAAACCAUCCCUCGCCACAUCCACAUCCUAGUGGCCAACCUCUAUGUGGUGGUGCCCCCUAUGCUCAACCCCAUCAUUUAUGGGGUGAAGACCAAGCAAAUCCAAGAUCGAGUGGUUUUGCUUUUCUCUUCAGUGAGUACAUGUUGUUAAAAUGACAACUGAUGCUGAAGAUCACAUAUUCCUGAAUAAAACUCUUUUUAGAUGUCUGUUCUGUGAGAA